AUGGCUGCAUUCCAAACUUGUCUUCAGGUCUGGUUGACAUCCUCCCUUCUAGCUGAUGGUUUAGCUGAUGCUGUACAGGCAAUUCUAGCAUGUGCCUUUGCUGAGAAAAAUUUUGACAAAGUAACUGCUGCUGCAAUAAGGACACUUCAAAUGAGUUUUAUUUUAGGAGUGGCCCUCUCUCUUGUUGUUGGUGUUGGAUUGUACUUUGGAGCUGGUGUCUUCUCCAAAAGUCUUCUUGUUAUCCAUCUCAUCAGAGUUGGCAUCCCGUUUGUUGCUGCUACACAACCAAUCAAUUCAUUAGCCUUUGUAUUUGAUGGUGUGAACUAUGGUGCUUCUAAUUUUGCUUAUUUUGCAUACUCCUUGGUUUUGGUUUCACUAGGUUCAACCGUGGAUAUGAUAGAUUUGAAUAGGGAUGAUGCGGGAUCAGAAGAUGCUAACCUUUUGUUUAGUGGUCAUAGAGCAAGAAUCACCUAUAUGAGAGAUAGACUGCCUCAAUCGGAUAUACAUUCGGCGGCGGCAUGUUCGAGAUGA